AUGACGGGAGCACCUUUUCAGAUUCCUGGCCUUGGCCAGGCGAAACCCAACGAGCAAUUGCCUGUCGAAAACUUCGCCCCCGAUCUUCUCGCUGCUGCCGCAAGUGUAUCGGGGAUGGACGAGGCCAUGGGGGGCGCUGCUAAUGGGACUGCACAAUGGGAGAGCAGGAACCACCAGAAGCACCAGCAAAAAGAGGAGGCAACAAAGACCAACGGAGUGGUCGACAAAGCAGUUGACUGCAUGGAACUCGACGCAAGCGACGCCAGCACUUUGUCAGCCAAGCAAGGAGACAAACAAGAUGCCAAGAUGCGUGAUCAAGAUUCCAGGAUAGCAGAAGGCCAGGCACUCGACAUGGACAUGAAGGCAAGCAGCGAUGCACCGAGCCCGGAUGUUACGCACGCUCUGGAGGCUGCCCUUGAUAGCAUGCUGUCGCAUGCCGCUGAGCCGGCCGAGUCGAGACAGAAUCAGAACGGAGGCGGCACAGAACAGGUUAGCAAUGCCGAUGAACCACAGCAAGAGGAGGAGCAGCCGGAGUGGGAGGCCGAUUCCUCUCCUUAUGAGUCGUCGUCGGAAUCUUCCAGCUCCGACAGUGAUUCGGAUGACGAUUCCGAAGACGGCGAGGAUUACCCCCUCCUUGGUAUUGAGGAGACAGCCCGCCUCCUAAUGGCCGCCGAUGGCGAGGGCGAUUUGGACGGUGAUGGGACCGGCAAGGCCAAGGGUGCCGGCGCCGUGCUCCGAACAAAGAACGAGAUACCCGAGGAUUUCAUCCCGAAGCCGGACGUCACUAUCACCCCCGACAUGAAGAUUGAGCGCCUUGGCAAUAUCGAGUUCAUUGUUGAAACUACUGUUGUCAUCAAAUCCCAGACACCGGGCGAAAUUCAGGUGUUGGACAUGGGAUCGGUGCUUUGCAAGGAGGACCGAACCGUCAUUGGCGCCCUGGCCGAAGUCAUCGGCAAUGUCCGCAGCCCCAUGUACACCGUCGGGUUUCCAAGCGAAGACGAGAUCAAGGCGCUCGAGUUGGUGGCCGGCAUGCCAAUUUAUUACUCGGUCGAGCACGCCAACUAUGUCUUCACGCAGCCAUUGAAGCAAGAAAAGGGCACUGAUGCUAGCAACCUGCACGAUGAAGAGGUGGCGGCUGACGAGAUGGAGUUCUCUGACGACGAGAAAGAGGCAGAGUACAAGAGACAGCUGAAGAUGAAGAAGCGAGGCAUGAAAGGCGGCCGUGGCGGACGGGAGCAGAGCACGGCAGCCGGUCAGCCUACAGCAUCCUACGCUGCACCGGGAGCCGCUCUCCAUUAUGACGAAGACGAAGACGGACCGUACAAGCCCCUGGCUCGGCCUGCUGGAUUCGGCCAGGGCGGGCCGCCAUCUCUCCCUCCCUUGCCCCCCAAGCCUGAGACCGGGUUCAGUCCGCCUCGUGGCGGUCGUGGCCAUGGUCACCGCGGAGCCCAUCGUGGAGGGCGGGGUGACUUUCGGGGAUGGAACCACCGUGGAGCCCAUCGCGGUGGUGACCGAAGGCGUGGCUCGUGGGGAAGCGGAGGCGGUACAUACCAACAAUUUGGCCGUGACGGCGCAGCAUCGCCGCAGACAGCUUUGUCUAACAUCCCGCCGCCGCCGCCUCAGAACCCUCACUUGCCCCCUCCCCCAUUCGGUGUGAAGCCACCGGCGCCCACUGGGCAAUGGCCGGUCCCUCCUGGCCCCUAUGUCCCUCCCCUUCCCAUGCCAUAUUCGCCUCCCGCCCAACCGCAGAUCCCCAUGCCGCAGCCACAACCCCCUUCAGGCGGCUUCAAUUUUCACUAUCAGGCCUGGAACCAGAGCCAAGGCCAACAGUAUCAAUACCCCCAAGCUGCUGCGCAUCAUCAUCAGGCAACCCCUCACCAGCAAGCCGCGCACCCAACUGGGUAUGCACAGCCCUACGCCCCUACGGUUCCUCCGCCGGCAUCUGCUUGGCCGGCGGCCGGAGCGGCGCCGCAAACAACGAACCCCGCGGCGGGCGCGUAUAAUCCAGCUUUCUUUGGCGGUUACCAGCAAGCGCAGUCGGCUCCUCAGCAGGGACAGCAGCAGCAGCAGUACUGGCCCCAGCAGCAGCAGCAGCAGCAUGGUGCCUAUGGCCAGGGACCGAGCCAGUAG